CAAUAGCCUAAACUAGAGUACUAAUUUUUUAAUAAGGUUCGGUCGCGCGAUUAGAAGACGCAACAAUGAUUGGUGGUUUGUUCGUUUACAACCACAAGGGCGAGGUACUCAUAUCCCGAGUUUACCGCGAUGACAUCGGUCGCAACGCCGUGGACGCUUUUCGAGUAAAUGUUAUCCAUGCCCGGCAGCAGGUGCGGUCGCCAGUGACGAACAUUGCCAGAACCAGCUUCUUUCACAUUAAGCGUGCCAACAUUUGGCUGGCUGCUGUGACCAAGCAAAAUGUGAAUGCUGCCAUGGUAUUUGAGUUUUUGCUAAAGAUCAUUGAGGUGAUGCAGUCGUACUUUGGCAAGAUAUCCGAAGAGAACAUCAAGAAUAACUUUGUGCUCAUCUAUGAGCUGCUCGACGAAAUAUUGGACUUUGGUUAUCCGCAAAACACCGACUCGGGCACCCUGAAAACGUUCAUCACACAGCAGGGCAUCAAGUCGGCCACCAAAGAGGAGCAAAUGCAAAUAACUUCCCAGGUUACAGGCCAAAUUGGAUGGCGACGAGAGGGCAUUAAGUAUCGACGAAACGAACUGUUCCUCGAUGUGCUGGAGUAUGUGAAUCUGCUAAUGAGCCCGCAGGGUCAAGUGCUGUCAGCUCAUGUGGCUGGCAAAGUGGUCAUGAAAUCCUAUUUGUCCGGCAUGCCCGAAUGCAAGUUUGGCAUCAAUGACAAAAUCGUUAUGGAAUCGAAGGGUCGAGGCCUCUCCGGUAAUUCGGAGGCGGAAACCUCGCGCUCUGGCAAGCCGGUGGUUGUAAUUGACGAUUGUCAGUUCCAUCAAUGCGUCAAGCUGAGCAAAUUCGAGACGGAGCAUUCGAUUAGCUUCAUACCGCCGGACGGUGAAUUCGAGCUAAUGCGCUAUCGCACAACAAAAGACAUUUCGCUGCCAUUCCGAGUUAUACCCUUGGUCCGGGAAGUGGGCCGCACCAAGAUGGAGGUAAAGGUGGUGCUCAAAUCGAAUUUCAAGCCCUCUCUGCUUGGCCAGAAGAUCGAAGUGAAGAUUCCCACUCCACUCAACACUUCGGGCGUACAAUUGAUUUGCCUCAAGGGCAAGGCCAAGUACAAGGCAUCGGAGAAUGCAAUUGUUUGGAAAAUAAAGCGUAUGGCGGGCAUGAAGGAGACGCAGCUCUCGGCGGAAAUUGAACUACUGGAAACGGAUACCAAAAAGAAAUGGACGCGCCCACCCAUCUCCAUGAACUUUGAGGUGCCAUUUGCGCCAUCGGGCUUCAAGGUGCGCUACCUAAAAGUUUUCGAACCGAAGCUCAACUACUCCGAUCACGAUGUGGUGAAAUGGGUGCGUUACAUUGGCCGCAGCGGUCUCUACGAAACCCGUUGCUAAACGUAUCCCACGAUGUUGUUUUGAAUUGAAAAAGCAUAAAAAGUAAACACAAAUAAGAGAAUUGAAUGUUAAAGCCAAUAUAUAUUGUUAUUGGAAUUUAGCUCGAUCCAAAUUGAACAAAUGUCGUCUCGUAUUCCAAAUUAAGUUCUUCAACAAUGGGCAAAUAGUUAGUCCCAACCUAUAUAUACAGAUAUAAAGCAUAUAUAGUAGCGCAACGGACACACAUACACAUAUUAUACAUACC